AUGGACAUUUUGAAGCUAACAACUUCCGUAUGUGCUGCGUACCAGUUGAUCCAUGGAGAGCGGCUCGAGCGACAAACGGGAAUCGGCUUGACAAAGCAGAACGAGCUCUUCCUCGGGCGCUUCGCCAUGAUGGGCUUCGCUGCCGCACUGCUGGUGGAGGCCGUGUCGGGGCGCGGCUUGAUAUUCCACAUGCACGCGCACGCGGGCAUGCCUGUCACACAGUGCGACCCGCUCGCCCUCUCCCUCGCCGCGCUCUCGCUGCUCAUUGCGGUCGGCGCGUUCGGCGAUCGAGGGCGCUUCGAGGACGAGGAGCUGCCGGGGCCGGGAAGAGCACGAUGCACGAUCAAACAGGCGCUGGGUUUGCAAGAUCAAGGCCCGCUGCUGGGGAUGAGCAAGGCGAGCGAGCUGUUCGUGGCGCGGCUGGCAGAGCUGGGUUUAGCCGCCACACUGCUUGGCGAGACGCUGACGGGCCACGGCAUGUUGGCGCACCUGAACGUGCACACGGGUGUGCCGCUAACGCAGCUGCAACCCGCCCUACUCGCCCCUAUCAUGUUCCUCGUGCUUGCUGCCGCUCACCCUGGUACUGGCCGCUUCGUUAAUGAAGACUGA